CGGGAGGUGUCUCGGUCUCGGAGCCUCUCUCCUGCGGGGGGCUGGACCGUCUGGAUAGGGGGUGGAGUCGAGUGCCAGGUCCGGGAAUGCCGUGGAGCGGGAGGUGUGUGCGUCGGGAGGGAGUGCUGACAGCGGCCCGCUUCUGCGAGAUAGCAGCAGCAGCAGCAGCAGCAGCAGCAGCAGCAGCAGCAGCAGCAGCAGCAGCAGCAGCAGCAGCAGCAGCAGCAGCAAUGUUCCACUUCUUCAGAAAGCCUGCGGAAUCCAAAAAGCCCUCGGUACCAGAGACAGAAGCAGAUGGUUUUGUCCUCUUAGGAGAUACAACAAAUGAAAUGAGACGUAAACCUCCCGAAGUAGAAAGCAGCCAGUCUUCAGAGGUUUUUAUAACAUAUAGCUACAUUAUCUAAUUUGAAAAUGUCUGAGUUCAAGCACAGCUGAUUCGUGGAAAGUGUCCAGCUACCUAGCUGAACUGAUGGAGACGGAAGUGAGGGACAUCUGGAGAAACGUCGUCUUGCUGUGAGCAUUUCAAGGGAAGGGUGUCGUUGACAAUCUGAUCUGGCAAGCUGAAUAUUACAUUAAACUAAUAGAUCAACAGUAGCAUGGAUACCUGUGAUGAUUGAUUUUAUGUGACAACUUGAUGAAGCCACAAGGUAGCUAGACAUUUAAUUGAACACUCUCCCAUGUGUCUCUCAGGACACUUCUUGAUGCGAUCCAUACUUUAAUGAGUAGACUGAGUACAACAGAUUGGCUUCCCUAAUGUGGGUGGACCUCAUCCAGCCAACUGAAGACAUGAGUGAAACAAAAGGUUAAGUACAAGGGAUUUUAGCUGCUUGACUGCCUUAAACUGUGAUGUUUUGAUCAAAACAUUAGCUUCUCUGUUGGCUGCAACCCUUGAGAGUUUUAGGUUGGCUUAAUGCUGUGAGGCAAUUCUGUAUAAUCAAUCUCUUCUUAUAUAUUGUCAUAUGUGCUUCUUAACAAAUACCUUUGUUGUAAAAUUCUAUUUUAUUAUAUUACGAAAUGUUAAUAAUAGAGGAAGCUGAAUGGAGUAUAUGUAAAAUACUUCUGCAUUUGCAACAUUUCCUGAAAACCCACAUUUACUCCCAAAUAUAAAUUAUGUUAUAAUAAGUAGUACAUACCAUAGGAUCCCUCCUGAGUGUACUUUUAAUUGUAUGAUUAAUGUUUACAAAAUGUAAGCACUCUUUCCUCUGAGAAAUUAUUUUCUUCUUUGUAGCAUUUUAUAUUGAGUGACUUUAAAAAAAAUGAGUACUAUAUCAUUACACUAAACUGUGGAAAUCCCUCUUCUAAACGGUCAUCAAACUCCAAAAUUACCAUUGUGAUCUAUUUGCUGUUAGUUUUUAGUAGAAAUUUAUCCUUUUGUGGGUUUCCUUAUGAAUCUAGAUUUUCUGAUGAGACUCUAAGAUUAACACUGUGUCCCAGAACUAGAAAAAUAAUCCAGUUGUCGUAAUACUAGGAAUAUGUUGAUACUGCUGUCAUGCUUCAUUCAAGUUACUAUAACUUAAUAUUAAGUCACUAUAACUUAACACUAAAACUGGAUGUCUUGGAACCACUACAAAUUUGUCACAAAGUUCUGGAGACGAAGUCCAUGACCAAGAAAUAGCAGAUUCAGUGUCCUAUUGGAGCCAUUUUCUGGUUCAUGGAUGACCAUGUCUCUCUGUGUCCUCAAGGGAGUUCCCUGGGGUCUCUCAUAUUAGAGCAAUAAUCCCAUUCCCAAAAGCUCCAUCUUCAUUUCCUUAUUACCUCCCAAAGGUCCCACUCCAAAGACCAUUCGUUGAGUGAUGGCAGGAUUUCAGCAUAUGAAUGGGCGUGGUCACAAACACUCUAACACUGUCUGCCAGGAGCUUUGACAGUUACAAGCAUCUAAGGGAAGAGAAAGUUUUGGCUGCAGUUGGACGGCUGAGUAGUUGUAAUAAUUGGAAGAGAGGAGUAAAAAACUGUGCCUCUAAAUCAAAGCUGAGCCUGGCAUUUGAUGGCUGGAGGGUUUCAAAAGUUCUCUCUUGGGGCUGGGGAUUUAGUUCAGUGAUAGACGGCUUGCCUAGCAAGCAUAAGGUCCUGGGUUUGGUCCUCAGCUCUGGAAAAAAAAAGUUCUCUCUCUUUCUUUCCCUUUUCUGUAAUCUUUCUAUUCUGUCUCCCAACUUUUGACUGUUUUAUGAUUUUUUAAGGGAGCCAUUUCUCUUCUGUUUUGUUUUUCACUCCAAAGUCAUGAUCACUUUACAUCUGGGGAAAGUACCAUCUUCAUUCCUGUGUUCUUUGUGUUCUUGUCAACUCAUGGAGUUCCCAUCCAUCUACAUGGGGGUUGAUUGCUGACCCCUUGUCUUACCUGGACUUAACUACUUCUCCGAAGAAGAUCUUCUGUGGUUUUCCAGUUCUACCUAGUCUUGUUUCUUUUCAGUUGGUUUUCUUGCUCAGGCUUUUUUUUUUUUUUUUUUUUUUUUUUUUUUUUUUUUUUUCUAGUAAUACAGCUAGAGGCUGAUAGCCUUUCUUAAUGUGUCAGCUCUAGGCCCAUUCUAGUGUUUGCACGGUGGAGGGUGAAUGUUUUCCCCUUAACUUGGGUUUUUAAAAAGUGGUAAUAACCUAUACAAGUGGUUCCCAAAACUUACUAAGCAUCAGAGUCACCUGGGAAGCUUGUUAAGAAAUUGUGAGUCCUAGGAUCCAUGUCUAUCAAUCAGAACACAUGGAAUAAAUUUAACUCAGCACCUAUGGAACAAAACAAAUCUCCAGGUGCUACUGGCGCUGCUGCUACUGCGCCAGUCCAGAGACCACACCCCGAGUCACUGACCUCUACAGCACAAAAGCAUGAAGUAGCUGCUUAAUCCCCUGUGCAGGAGAGAAAAAAAAUUACCAUCUCUAAGUCGAUGUCCAGAACUUAUCCAAAAAAUAAAAAUAAAAGGAAGAAUCUGCAUAUUUUGUUUAAAAUUCAAGUAAAAGGGGUUUUUCGUUAUAAUUAUUUCCUUCAACUGAGGUAAUUUUCACAGAAUAUAAGUAAAGUUAAAACUGCUAAAGAAGGGAAAACAAUUGGUUAAUUCUACCAGGGUACGUAAAAAGGUUAAUUAUGAUACAUACAUCUUGAAGAUCCCCAUGCUGUGUGAGCCAUCUCCAGAAAUACUUGCCAAUAGAACUGAAAUAGAAAUGAUUACAUGAGUAAAUUAUCACCCACACUCCUUGCAGGCAUUAUUUCAUGCUGCAAGCCUCUUCUCUUUUCAGGGAAUAAUGGUUUUACAUUUUACUUGUGACGACAUUCUAAUUGCUAAAUAUAAUAGGGGCAUUAUGCUAAAAAGUAAAAAGAUUCCAAGUGAGAAGAUAAGUCAAAUAUAGUAAUCUCACAAUGAAUCUUUAAAAGAUGCUCCCAUCUUCUGCUGCUGCCCCCAAAACCCUGAGCCUACAUGUAAUCACAGAAACUGAGUAGCACAGUAGAGAAAAAAAACUAACAAGGAUUCUAAAAUCCCACUAGCUGUGGAUUCUAGCUAUGACCCUUUGGACAACUUUGGCACACUGCUUAUUUUUAUGAAUAAAAUGUUAUUGGAAAAUGGCAAUGCUUGAUUUUUUACAUAUUGUUUGACUACUGUCACCCAUGACAUACCAUCCAUGUGGUCUAAAGCCAAAAAACAUUUACUACUGACAGAAAAAAAAAAAAAAACCACAUUAUUUACCCAGUCUAACCUUACGUGAGGAAUCUUCACUGAGGAAAGGAGGCAUCUCAACGUUACAUAUUCCAACAGGGGCAGCAUAAGAAGGUACCUUUACCUACUCCUUCCCCAACUGAAGUGUCAAGACUAUAGAGAAGGACAUUGGUGUAAGCUUGCAUCUCAUCACAGUUUUCAAAGACUCCUUUCAAAUGGCACAGGCACACUCAAGUAAGUAAUAAAAACAGAAGUGUGCUUUGAUGUCAGUCCAAACUGUAUAGGUGAUGUAUUUUCUACACACCUGUGAAGUAUAGGAGUAGCCCAAGACUGGGGGCUGUUGCUAGAGUAAGUCCAUGGAUAAAAUAAUUGAUGGAUUUUUUUUUCUUUCAGAAAUAUACCAGCAUUAUAUCAGGCAGUAUUUUCCAAUGUGAAGAGGCUACAAAAAAACAUGCUUGAGGGCAUGAAUUCUUAUUUUCUUAAGCUCAGUUCGUGAAACUGCCAAAAGCAUUUGUGAGCAUGUGUCUGUAAGUCUAUAUACAUUUUAAAACAUGUUAUAUAGCCAUGUUUAAAAUAAAAUCAUCUAAGAGUGCUAGAUGACCCUUGGUCUUCCUUAUUUACACGUAAAGGAAAAUAUAUUUAUUCUGUAAACAGGAACCUAAAUUCUGUUGUUUCAGGUAUAGCAUUAUACAAUGAAUUAAAGUAUUUUCUCAAAAUAAGCCAUUAUUUUAUUCUUUGGCUCUUUAUUGGUUGUCUCCUUCCUACCGAGAACCAACUAUGUUGAGACUGAUACACAAAGCAGAAAGCCGAUCUCAGACUCUGAAGGGCGAUGUCAUUAUGUAAAGACAUGCAAUAUAAGGUGGCAGGGCUGGAUGUGGGGUGGGUGGACAGUGAAGGUAUAUUAGAGAGUCCUGAGAACAGGAACUUACCAUGGGGGAUGGCCAGAAUCCAGAAGAUGAACCAUCAGUUCUCAUAACUGCUCUUGGGAGAAUUUUUCAAGAUGAGUAUAUAUUCAUUGUACCUAAUGGUAGGUCUCAUAAAAACCACUUUCUAUUAAGCAUAUCAUGUGCUUAUAUUGUAUUCACCUCCACCCUGCUCUUCUUAUGUGAGAGAAAGUGUACUGUUUGUCUUUCCGAGUCUGGCUUAAUUAUUACUUAAUUAUGAUUUCUAGUUCCAUCCAUUUUCCUGCCAGUGGUGUAAUUUCAUUCUUUUUCAUGGUAGACUAGAUCCCCUAUUAUGUAUAUGUACAAUAUCUUCUUUAUCCUAGGCUGAUUCUGUAACUCAACUAUUGUGAAUACUGCUAUAAUAAACAUGGUUGUACAAGU